UUUGUUGACAAAUAUAGGCGCCAUUUCAUUUUCUGAGUAUCGAAUUUAAUUGUUGUUUCACUGGUAGUUUCGUUUCUUAAAAGAAAAGUGUAUAAAUACUUCCUGUGCGACUUACAUAAAAUUACAAAAGCCUGAAAGGUUAAUCUAGCAGGAAGAAGCCACAAGGACCAGUAUAACGAUGCCUCCCCUUCCUAGGGAAAUUUCAAACUUCUCGAACAAAGAGUUAGUAGAAAAGCUGAGGGAUUAUGGAGUGGACGUGGGACCAAUUACUGUGACGACUCGCAGCGUGUAUGAGAAGAAGUUGAUGAAGCUGUUGUCAGGGGUGGAGUUUGAGAGCCCCAGCAAGUACGAGCCAGUUGACGAUGACGAAGAGUCUGAUGAAGAUAUCAUAGAGACGGUAUAUACAAGGUCAACACAAAAUCCAGUACGGCAGCAGAAGACACUAUUUGGGUCGGCCUAUUCAGAACCCCGGAGACGGCUGGAGCGGGAGGAGCCAUCACCAGGACGUAUUCCGAGAUACGAGGCCGCUGGCGACCCGGCCAGCAAUCUCCGACCAGUGCCUCGCAGACCAAUGCCAGCUGCUACCUCUCCAGUGAAGAAGAAGGGAAUACCUCUCGUGGUUAAAGUCUCCAUCUUUGUGGUUCUUCUCAUUUUAGCUUUUCUGAUUGUUAAAAAUAUGGAAUCAAGUGCACAAAGCAACAUACCACAGGAGAUCGAGGCUGAGGUAUAGGGUCUGGAAUACAAGUAUGGACAGAAAUACUUAAAAGACUCUGCUUAAUUAAUUCUGGGUUUUGAGUGAUCUAAAAUCUGAAAUUGGACGAUUGAAUGCAACGUACUCAAUAAAAAGUUAGGUUUCAGCACAAAAUAAAUUAAUAAAUAAUAUCUAUAUAUAUCUAUCUAUAUGGUUUAAGCUGGACCAAAAGGAUUAUUUAACAUAUUGGUCAUCCUAAUGUCGACAUAGUGGGCAGAGCUAGCUCUGGGUCUGCAAAAAAAAACCUCGCCAAAUUAUGUAUUAAACUUAAAAAACUACAGAAACCCACCAUUAUUUUCAAUAAAUUAUUUCACCAAAUUAAAAUAAAAUUUGCCAUUUGGCAACUGCCAGAGCUAGCCCUGGUUUGUGCUAACUACUUAAUCUGAAUAGAUGUGCAGUGUUUUGAAAUGGAAAUGGAAAUCUGUGUGCGAAAUUUUCUUUUGCUCUGUCAUUUUCCAGCCUUGGUUUCUAUAUAAAAACUGCCAUGUCAGAUAAGUGCUCACGGGGUGGGUGGAGGGUAGGGUGGUGACUAAAACAGAUCUUAACAUGCAUGACUUUGUUGGCGAUGAAUGGUUGUGUACAUAGUGAUGACAGACUUAAGGGUUAUGUGCUGGUGUGUAUUUAGUCCUGUGACCGUGACAGACUGUUUAUACAUUAAGCACUUGGAAAACAGCAUGUUUUGUGUCACAUUUUUUGUUUGUGUAACAUAUUUUUCCACACAAAAUUACUUAUUCUGUGUAAAUACAUCUACGUGUUAUAAAUAUAUAACAAUUGUUUAAAACUGCAAUGGCAUUUCAUAAAAUGUUACUUUAACACCAUUCUUUGUUUUUGAUAAAUAUUAACAUUACUUUUUAGUCUGCUACCCGUCCAAAUGGAGGGGACUACAGUUUUAUUUCUGUCCAUCCAUCUAUCUGUCCCACUUAUUGUUUUCACAAUGUUUUUUUGCACUAUGCCUCAAGAUACUGAGUUCAAAUUUUGUAUAUAGCUUUAUCAUGUACUGUUAUAGAUCAAGUUUGACUUUCAUGGUGAUUUAUCCAUUUUUGACAGCGUUACAGCCCUUGAUAUACAAAAAUUAGUUUUCCAUGGUAGUUUUUUUGCAAUGUGAUUAAAUUUUAUGUAUAGCUUUAACUUAUGACCUUUGAACUUGCCCUGGUAGGGGAGAUAAAUAUUAUUGCUUCUGUUUAAAUUUUAAACUCAGUAUUUGGUUUUGAGCAAGUUGUGAUAAUUCAUUCCAUUUUCUCUUUCUUUCUUUUUCUCUCUCUUUUUUUUUUUCAUUUUCAAUUGCAGUUU